CCUGAACCCACGCACCGAGGCUGCUGCCGCUUCAGCCACCAAUGGCGACGCGCGCACAAACGCUGAAGAUGGCGUGGAUGAGUCCCUUGUGAGUGGUUCCGGGAGCAGGAGGCCCAGGAUCCAACGAGCACCAGAAACACACAAGCAGGGGCGAUGGUGUUGUCAGGCAAGCAAGCACGCACCUUCGAGCGCAUCCUUGCAUUCUUGUCCAUGAAGAGCACUGUGCUCGGUGCGUUGUCGCCAGCGGCUCGUGUCUCAUUGCACAAGUGCUCCGACGAUGAGCAGCGGCUCUUCUUCGUCAACAACCUACGUCCUGAGGAAAUCGUUUCCACUGUGGUCACUCUGGCAGAUGUCGCGGCAGCUCUUGACAGCGCCAUGUCAGGUCCGACCAUGGAAGUUGUGACAAGCGUUGAAAAAUAG